AUGGAUGUAACCCGCAACGCUGAGCUGCAGAAACAAAAGGAGGAGCAGCAACAGAAGGAACAGCAAGAGCAGCGGCAACAGGAAGCCCUCGCUCUUUUAUCUCUGCACGAAAAAUACAGCCCCCCAAACUGCAAGUAUCACCCCCUGCCUUCCUCCCUAAAUUCUUUUGGCUUCGUCAGUUACAAUGGAGAGCUCCUUAUCAACGAUGUCUUUGGACUCCCCGGCAUCUCGGAAGUCGAAGAGCAGCUCAUCGCCUUCUUUAUUCCGGAUUCUGUUGAGGAAGGGCGCAGUUUGCUCUCUGUCAGUGUUGACAUUCAUCGUGACAACUUUGUGGAGUUUAAGCAUCUCGAGCUCUACCGCUACAAGCGCACUGAGCAUCCGCCAGUGCUUUUCAACCACACAUCUGGGAAUGCCAGUGCCGUUGCCGCUCGGAGAAGAACUGCAGUCCAAACAGCCACGAUCAUGGAAGGCGCAGGAGGGGCGAAGACGCGGGCCAUGCUUAGCGCCCUCUUGACAGGAGCGGAAAGAGAUUCAGUGUUUUACCUGAUCAUUGCGGUAUCUCCCGUCUCUGGUCAUCCUCCUUUAGGCCCCGAAGACAUCGCCUCUCGUCACUUGCUGCCUUGUCAUCCCCUCCGGUUGGAUCUCGCUCUAGUUCCGUACACACGCAUGCACUUCCACAUGCCAACCUCCUGCCCGCCAGCCUCCUUCCUCCCAAGUGCAGCUCCUGAGGUGACGCUCGAUGACGAAGGACUGACCUUCUCAGGCUCCCCAGAGAAACCCUUUGUCCUCAAUUUCGCCGGAGAAGAAAGCUGGAAGCCUUUCUCGCGCGCUGUUUUCCAGACAUCCAUCCGCGUGCCUCCCAGGCUUCAUCGCUUCGUUCGUUUCUUUAUGAAGGCUUCUUUCCGCUUUAUUUCGGGCCCUUUCCAACUCAUGCUUGAGCUGUUUGACGAGGAAUCUCCACCAGACGCUUCUGCCACGGCUCCUGAAUGCGCCCUUGGUUGUCUGGGAGGAACCCCCACCUUUAACGGCCAGCUCUUCGACCAUGCAAUGCCGACUGGAUACGUUUAUAAGAUCUGGCUACUGGCGGGAGAUCCGAUGUAUUUCGAGGACCGCAACACGCAGUGCAUGGAAUUCGACUUCGAAUACUCAGUCAAGUUCGAGUCUCGAAUGACGCCUUUCGAAGUGACGGCGCACUCGUGGAUGUGCCCCUACGCGCGUCUUCCUGGGCUUAUCGUCCAGCUGAAGCACGACACAGAAGACACCAUCAUGUCGGACGAACUGGGGGUUGUCAAGAUGCAUGCGAUCGAUAUGCGGGACUGGUUCGGAUUUCCUCCUGACGAGCUGGAUGCGAUGACGCACACCACGCGGCUUAUUCUGCAGCAGCCGAGGUGUCAGAGGCCGCAAAACCGCAGCACAGAAUCUGCAGCCCAAAAGACUCCCCCAAGUCUUUCCUCACCUCGCUUCAUUGUCAGCUCCCAGCCGCGCAAAGGCACUGACGGGGUGUCUCGACAGGCGGCGUGCGACGCGUUGGAGCCAGGGACUUACUGGGUUUCGUCUGCAAGCAGCCGCUCUGCCCUCUUGCAGGAGUCUUGCCACGAACGAGAGGGACGGGGUGACGCAUGUUCCUUAGGUUUUUUGGGGAAUCGGCGAUGGUGUUUUGAGUGGUCUCCGUGUUUACGCACCUUCCUCCACUUGGCGAUCCUAGGAGACUACACUGCCCUAGACAUACUGGCUGUCUUGAAGAAAGAAGGCAGCAGCGACAACGGGCCCUCGCAUCUUCUUGCAUUUGCGCAGUCUUACCAGCACUUUGUGGGACCGCUCGAUCCAGGACGCUAUGAAAUGGAGCUUCUUGCCAUGAACCCUCAAACCACGGACGUUUCCAAGACUGAGAGGCACUGUGCCCCCUUGGCGAUCGAUGCACGGCUGCAGCGGCGGCCUUUGGAAGACCAUCUUCCCUCGCGUCAGCAGUGGCUGUGUGCAAGAGAGCGGCCUUUCCUACCGAAGCAGAUGCACGUCACGGAGGAUGUGCAAUUUGUUUUGGACACGAAGUAUGGCAUUCCAGCCUCGGGUCACCACUUUAUGACGCUGUCUGUCCCUCGACGGUCUCUCUUAAAGCUGGCUGUAUCUGUGCCGCAAGGCUCUGCGCCGCACUUGGUGGUGUAUCCGGAGGGGCAGCCCGCGAAUAUUCUGGCUGAGGCUUACGGAGAUCUCUUCAUGGAGGCUGAAUCGGCAGGCCGCUAUGUUAUUCGUUUUAGCUUCACCCCCCCUGGAGGUUCUGCAGCCGCUUGUCCAGUUGCGCAUUUCCACUUCGUGGCUGCUCCUACGUCUCUCGUCCCCGUGUGCCCCUGGGCGCGGGGUACGCAGGAGAAUCUUUCCACCGAGCAGCUGCGGCAGGCAGCUCUGGCAGCCUUCAGCAGCACCUUCGACGCCUCCAUGUUUCUGCCUAAGCAAUUAGGAUCUGAUGGAGUGGAAGUCUCGCGUCCACACGACAUCUGGCUGUCGCCUUCUCUGCAUCCCGAAUUCCCCUUCACAGCUCCAGGAGCCAGCAGCAGCCUCCGCGUCGAAGUGAUUUUGCAGCCUCCGUGGUUGCCUCUGCGUCUGGAGCUGCAUCGCAAAGAUGAUGUCGGCCUUCGCCGCACGGCUCAUGCGGUGUCUGAGUACACGGAAGGGCGUAUUCUGCUGCUUUCAAGGGACCUCCCGGGAGGUGAUUACGUUUUGAAAUUCGUAAUUUAUGAUCAGCUCGGAGAAAACAAUGCCGCUCUUCUAAAUGCCGUCAGGGCAGAAUUGCUAGAGGUCCCAGACUUGCUUCCCAUCGAGCCGCCUCCAAAGACUCUUAAUGCGCGCGGAUGGCUUGCGCACCCGGACGUUCCAAUCUAUGCCACAUCGAUCUUCGCAUUCCACACAGAGCAGCAGCAGCAGAUGCAGCAGCUGCUCCCUGCAGGCAGCGCUGCAAGGACAACUCUGCAUGUCAGCAAACCGACGGCAUUUAGGAUAGCGGCAGAGCCAGCAGUGGCGUCCGACGCGCAGCUGAAGAUACGAGUUCUCCCCGAGUCAGCAGCUUUAGCGAGCAGCAACACGAGCGGCAGCAGUGGGGAGGCAAUGUUGGCCUUGCCUUCCACCGGUGUCAUUGCCGAGGCAAGCGAGAACAACCUCUUUGCCUUCCUCCAGCCAGGCUCUUAUCACGUUGUUUUCGAGGGCACAGAGCCCUUCCUAACGACCAUUGGUCUCAUGUCAAUCGACGCGCUGCAUGCCGCCUUGCCUGGCCCUUCAAGUGGAUCUUCCGGAGGAGGCCCCUCGUGCAGUUCGACACUCCCAAGUGUGACGCUGCCUUCUCCUUUACCGCCCAGCUUUGAGAGUGAAGACUUCUUCUUCAGCGUCGACUAUGCAGCGGCAAAAGAAUCGGGAGAGCUGCUGUCAGUGCCGCUUCAUCUCACAUCGCCCUCGGUGAUCUAUGCGGAGGCAGGUUCGAACUUUGUUGUUGAUUUCGUGCGUGUGGGGAUCGAAGUGGUGGAAGGCCUGUGGUUGGGGGAGCAGAGAGGUCGGCAGAAUUCUCUAAAACUGCUGUUGGAUGCAGGCGAACAUGCCCUUCGAGUUCGGCUAGAAAAGGAGGCCUUCAACGAUCAGGCCGUUAGAGACGGACUGCUGAACGAUGCGAAAGCAUCUCGAUGCCUGCAGUUCUCCCUCCAUAUCUCUGUUCACUCCCUUACGAAGAUGGAGGACCGCGCGGCGAAUUUUCUCGAGGAGUGCUCGGCGUUUGGGGCCUUGCCGUUGCCAGCAGAUCUUAAUACCCCCAACGGGGGUAGCUCCACCCUCGGCAGUGAGCUCCUGCUCAAGGUUGGCACUUUCCUAGAAGACCAGACGCGCAGCAUGAGCAUCGUUCUGCAAGAUGACGCCUCUCAGAAUGUAGAUGCUUUAUAUGAUUGGACAGUUGGUGGCGGUCACCGUGAACGCAUAUACAGGCUCAAGCCAGCAGCGGAAAGUAGCGUAUAUCAUCUGGUGCUCUUAGGAGACGGGCAUGGUUGUCAGCUAUUUGAUUUGUUUAUCCAAUCGAUUCCUGUGAACGAGUUGGAUCAGAUGAGCGACUGCAAAGCCUUCGGCAGUACGCCCCCUCCAGUCACCCCGACGGAGUUUUUCAAGCCAGCGGUAGUGGAGGCAGCGGCGUUUCUCUCCACUAAGCAGACGGGCGCUUCAGGAUCACCGCAGCAGGUCCUAAGUCCUCUUCAGGCGCUCGUGCAACACCAAGAAGGCUUCCUGAAAGCCAUUGAAUUCGAAGUCUCCGAGCCCUCGUUUGUUUUGGCAGAGGUUGGCUUCAACUUUAUGGGCUCUCACGUGGAGAUGGAUCUCAUAACUGCUGAUUCCGAGCAGACAGUGGCUUCGGGGGAACUCGAUUUUUUGAACUCCGCUGACAGUCCAAUUAACGCCCGCCAGUGGAUUGCGACUCACGUGGAUCCGGGGCACUUUAUCUUGCGAGUGGCCGAUGAUCACUUCCCCCAGCAGUUUCUGCAUCACGCCGAUCGCUGCUUCCCUUUCCAGUUCUUUUUCCACAUCCAUGCUCUGAAUGACAAGGGUCUGCAGCCGUCAGUUGUGGCGGUGCAUCCGGAUCCAAGCGUGCCGAUUAAGGCGGGGCAGGAUCUUCUGGUAGGCAAUUGUGGGCCCUCUCUGCCGCGAGAGGCAGUGCACGUCCCUUAA